AUGGAGAAGCAGGGCGGGAAAAAAAAUGAGGCGGCAGUCGGUCCCGUAAGAAGUCUGACCUUCAAAACCCCCGAACUGCGAAAAUUCCUACACGACAUCUGCUUGAAGUAUGACCACGACUUCAACAAGUGGUACGACGGCGACUUCAAAAAGCACCCGUAUUCGAUAUUCUUAUCUCGAAACGGGUAUAUGCUAGGCUCAGCACCUCAUGCCGCAAGUAUGCUCUCGAACCCGAUCCAUCCCAUUUUCGCCCCGGAUAACUGGUACGGCCCGUACAACUACCCAUUAUUUUUGAGUAUCGCUUGGCCUGCAUUGCAACUCGCUUCGCUUUGGAUUUCGCACGAUAGCUGGUUGUUCGACUGGUGGGUGCAUUUGUACUACGGACAACCGCAAGUCGACAGGAAAGGGCGAAUAUAUCUUGGCCCGAAUCCGAGAGAAGGGUGCCUUGACUGUAGAAGCAUGGUUGCAAAAGAGAUGAGAAAGCUAGCCGGGCAAAUUAACUUUGUGAUCCUGCCGCCUAAGUUACUGCGCGGUGCUCUGGCGUCCAGUAAUCGCUCUACACGGACCUUUAUCAAAAAUCUCAUGCGGGAGGAGACGUCGGCGUCGGCGUCAUUCUUUGAGGCUUUCCCCUGCGCAAAGAAACCUGUUAUCGCACUGAGUUCGGACUUUUACCACAUCGCCCUGGCCGGAACGAGUGGUGGAAAUAGCAGUAUCACUGGGGCCAAGAAACUACAACACCACUUCGGAAUGGCGCAUACUCUUGUACACGAACUUGCCCAUGCGUUGGUAUCGAUAUGGCACCCGUGGACUUCGAUGAAAAUCGAGCCGUUACACAGGCUCGAUGAUCUCCCAGAGGCUGGCAAAUCGUGGGAGGAUUAUGUUUUUGGCGCGGAACUCAUUACGCUUCAUGGCGCCAGCCCGAUGAUGUGCAGGGAGUGGGACCAUUCCUUGCCUCUUAUGACAAAUAGUCGUAAUAUAUCACCACUGCCUCUGUCAUCUGCCGUUCCGGAGUCGUGGACGAACACCUGGUUUCUACCACAGACAUGGGAGAACAUGUAUAUGUUGCGAGGUGCUCUCAAGGCACCAUCAAUACGACAAGGAGCACCGGUUAUUGCGGCAUCUCGAGUCAUAGGGAACAAAGAAGUGUUGGUAUUAUACUACCAUGGGGUAGAUGUGAUGGGCGACGAUGAGCUGGCCGUGUACCAUGCGAGGUAUUUGGAGGGCCAGCUCCAAUCCCAAAGUUCAGGACAUCAACUAUCCUCCACGGCAGCAUUUAGCGUUGGAACCCAACAGCAAAUCCGAUUGAUUCACGCCACGGCCAACUUAUGGGCCGUACAAACGCUUAGUUUUGCUCACAUAAACAACUCCGCCGGCCCUAGUCUCAUCCCCGUAGCGCAUGCCUCCUCUUCACAGUCGCCACCCCGACUAGUACGACCACCACCAUUACCUAAUCCAGAAACCUUCUGUUCCAAAUACCUGCAGAUUUGGCGCAAUGAAAGUGUUAUAUCCUUCAACGCAGGCAACUCAUCAUCGCUCCGGCUGCAUCACGCACAUCCAUACAUGCACCUCACACUCCCGCGAUGUCGGUGCAACGGUUGCAUGUCUGUUAUGCAAAGCAUGAUCGACGCGGAAAAUGGAACAGCAUCUCCGGAAACGAAGAGAGGGCUCGAGGAGAUGGAACUCGGUAGCCGUUUUGGGGAGAUAUUUUAUGGGAAUCUUUCAAAGUGGAGGGCGAGGGGUGGUGUUGGUGAUGUUCGUCAUGGUUUUCUUGAUGGUAAUGGUAGUGGCUGA